GGGAAAUUAAAAAUAUUCGAUAAUAAAAAAGUCCUUUCAAAAAUUGAUGCUGAUCUUUCGAUGCUCAUGGCGAGCCGCCCGGCGUUUCCAGGUUCCGCACCCGGUACGUGUUGCUGGAAUGCCUGCUGCAGCACCCAAUUUGCUGGUACGGCUCGCGUUGCCUGGUCAAGUCGGGCAAUUGGGUUAUCGGUUCUAUUCGCAGCGCAGAGUCUCUCGAGUUUUCGAGUACGUCUACGACAAAUGCCGCCGCCUUCGGUGGAUUCUAGUUAAGAGCAAACGACCCUUGAAUAAUGACGAUUUUUCCGCGAUUUUUUCGUGGCUCAUGGCCGGCAACAUUGCAUUCCUUAUUAUCGGAACCACCUCGUUUUUCUCGCUUCUUCUCUACACCAUGAAUACCGUGCUUGCCCAGGAGAUGGUGGCAGCGUUUGUGGGAAACGUUAUAACCAGAAACUCAGCGCUCAGCGUGACGUUUGACAACGCGAUUGUGCCCAAUUGGAAAGAUGGAAAAAUCCAGUUCAAUCACUGUGUGGUGAGCAGACGGCCCCGCAAACGGCACAUGUUCCGCAAAAAGGACAAGAGUGCCGAGGAAGCUCCUGAGGAAGACCUUGACGACGGUAAUUACACCCAAUUUGAUCUGACAAUCGACCAAAUCGACAUCUCUCUUAGUUUCCGAAAGUGGUUGUCGGGCAAGGGAAUAAUCGACAACUGCUCUUUGCGUGGUGUGCGCGGUGUGGUGGACAGGACGCACGUUUAUUGGAAGCCGGGCGACUCUGCUCUAAACUACAAAAAUAUCCACCGGCCGGGCGACUGGGAGAUAUCCGAUUUCCGCAUGCAGGAUCUGUUGGUGACGAUGCAUAACCCAAAUAACUUUCGCAGUUUUGACAUUUCUGUGUACAACUGCGAGUUGCCAUUGUUUCGCAAAAACUGGUUAUUUUUUGACAUUUUGAACGGCAGACACAUCAACGGCUGCUACGAUGGCGCACUGUUCACCAUCGACCGUGUGCAGACCACAGACGAUUUCCGUGGCGAGCGCCAGAUUGGCGGGGAGGUUGAGGAAUACCGCAAGGUCCCCACACACCGCUCGCGGCAGGAGAUCGACCUCACAAACAAAACCGUCACCAGACUACGGAUCGACAACCUCCCCUUGGAGCAUCUGAACGGCGGCAUGAAGGGCCCGUUUGGGUGGAUCCACAAGGGAACAGUGGAUAUGAUUGGAGACGUUAUAGUUCCAGAAAACGCAUCGACUGAACCAGCGACGCUCAGAGACGUUUUCAAAUACUACACCUCGUCGGAAAAGAACGAGAGUUAUGACGCUCCAUUCAUCAUGGAUUUCUAUCUCCGACUUAAUAACCCGAAGGCCAGCGUGCCACUGUUUUCGAACGAGCUGUCGUACGUGAACAGCGCGCUUAUUCGGCCGAUUGUUGGCUACAUCAACUCUCGGAAAACUUUCAUUCCUAUUUAUUGCCGCGUUUACAAACAACUUAAGGACUUCGACGGGUCGUGGACCGUCUACGACAGUCUGCUGAUGGACGAUUUGAGUGUUGGCGUGUACAACAGCUUUGUUGAGUACUUAAGUGACGAGCAGUUCCAGCGCGAAAAGCUGCGUAAAGUGGGGUUCUGGUCGCUGCAGUUCAUGAUCCAGCUGAUUCUAUGGAGUCUCAGCGCAGUCUAGCACACGCACACAAGUGAUCCGGUAGCGUGCUCUUUGCAUAUCCCGUCACGGAAUUAGCGCUCUUCCGAGAGUUGUUGAAAACGCGAGAUGGUGAGACCCCAGCGAAAACUUUGAGCGGGCUCUAUUUUUUUCUGAUAUCAGGGAACGUCCCACAAUAUGCAUGCAAAUGCAGAGAAGAAAAAAAGUGCGCCCACCACAGGUGGUGUGUAUUAGGCAAACAAUGCAGCUUUAUGCUUGAGAGGUGAUUUACCCAAUCACUUCCCAAACCACAGCUAGACAAGAAAUGCCAAUGUAUGUAUAUAAAUGUUAAGCAAAACUG